AUGAGCAUUAAAAUGGAACUGCCUAAGACAUCAUGCAAAAAGGCAAUAAGUGGUGAACCUGCCGAUCAGCCGUACGCAAAAGAGGACUUAAUAUUGGAGGGAGCGAGCCUGCUCUUACCAUAUGAUCAACAUAUAAAGACACCAAGAAGUGACUGA